GAAUUUCUUUUCAAUCUUUCACUAGAUCAGAUGUCUGCCAUUUGUUCAAGAUCUUCUCUAAAUUUCAGAGGGAAAAUGGCAGAGAUUCUGCCAUUGCUGAACAAUCAUCAAGAUGAAGCUGAUGAAGAAUUGCAGCAGCAGCAGCAGCUCGUCUCAGAGAAGAUAAGUAGUCGUAGGAUCGCUUCACUUGAUGUUUUCCGCGGCCUCUCCAUCUUCCUUAUGGUGCUUGUGGAUUAUGCUGGUUCUAGUUUACCCGUCAUUGCUCAUUCCCCAUGGAAUGGUCUACACUUAGCAGACUUUGUCAUGCCUUUGUUCCUUUUUGCUGCUGGAAUAUCUCUUGCGAUUGUAUACAAGAAAAUUGAAAACAAAUAUGAAGCCACAAGGAAAGCAAUAGUCAGAGCAGCGGAACUUUUUCUUCUCGGUGUUUUCCUUCAAGGUGGUUACCUGCAUGGGAUUACUUCGUUAACAUAUGGUGUUGAUGUUGAGAGAAUACGCCUGCUCGGCAUCUUGCAGAGGAUAGCAAUUGGAUACAUUGCUGCAGCAGUGUGUGAAAUAUGGCUUUCCCGUCAAACCUGUCAGAAGGCAGCAUUCUUCAGGAAUUAUAUUUGGCACUGGUGUGCUGUCUUUUUCUUGUCUGCCAUCUACAUCGGAUUGACAUAUGGCUUGUACGUUGCAGAUUGGCAAUUCGAGGACUUGAAUUCAUUUUCUUCUUUAAUGUCAGAAAAUGGAAGUACUAUUCAUACUGUGAAAUGUUCCAUUAGAGGUGAUCUUGGGCCUGCCUGCAAUGCUGCUGGAAUGAUAGACCGAUAUGUUCUUGGCAUUAAUCAUCUAUAUCAAAAGCCUGUUUACAGAAACCUGAAGGAAUGUAAUAUAUCCAAGGGUGGCCAAGUUCCAGAAUCUUCACCUUCAUGGUGCUAUGCCCCUUUUGAGCCCGAAGGCAUUUUAAGUUCCUUAACAGCUUCUGUGGCCUGCAUAAUUGGACUUCAAUAUGGUCACAUUUUGACCGAAUUACAGGGCCAUAAAGAUCGACUUUGCAACUGGUCCCUCAUGUCAAUUUUGUUACUAAUUCUUGGAUCCUUACUUGCUCUCAUAGGUAUCCCUUUGAAUAAAUCCUUGUACACUAUCAGUUACCUGCUUGUAACUUCAGCAGCAUCAGGAAUCACAUUUUGUGCAUUAUAUCUACUGGUUGAUGUUUACGGAUGGAGGCGAGUAGCAUUCGUGUUGGAAUGGAUGGGAAAACAUUCUUUGAGCAUUUUUAUUCUCGUUACAUCAAACUUAAUUGUCAUUGCAAUUCAAGGAUUCUACUGGAAAUCUCCUGCUAACAACAUCAUAUACUGGAUUGUGUCACACAUUGUGCAAAAAUAACCUCUCAAUCUAACUCGUUCAGCGUAUCGGUAAGUCUUCAUUUUUCACAAUGAUGAUCGGAAAUAGUUUACACAAGCAACUUUUAAACUACAUCAAGUGUCUCAUGAUCCACCAUCUAGUUAUACAUAGUUUUUUUGUUAUGAUUCUUACAAGAUAAAAAGCUAGUUGAGUUUUGCCUUUUCGUACUACCGUUACAUUCGUUGAAUAACAAAAACUAAACAAGAGAACAAGAAAUCUUAUUUGCGGG